CUUCAUAAGGAACAAGUUUGCUAUUUUUUUUUCCUGGCUUUGUAUUUUUUUUAACUUCCCUUCUGUGACUGUUAGAAUUCCUUCAUGAUUGCAGCAACUCUCUCUUUGCCCUGAUAUGUUACUUUCUGUGAUUUGCAGCUGGAGGGGGGUCUUCAUGCAGCCCUGUUCUUGCGAGAAAGCAUAAAGGUAAAAUACUUCUUGGAGAAGAAGAAGGUUUGGACGAUGAUGCUGAAACCCGAUCAGAUGUUAGCGCUGCAUCAUUUGCAGCUUCUGUGAAAGGCGAGAUAACGAGUGAACUAGCUUCUUCAUCGGGUGUGUCAACAGCUGGGUCAGUAGGGAGUUCAGCUGCUGAUCCUACUGGACACGAUAUCAUUACUGAGCAGCCACGUUCUCAACAUACGUUGCAGUCAGACUCUGUAGACCUGUCAAGCUGUGAUUUGACAAGUACGGCUACUGAAGGGGAAGAUGAUGACGUGCUUAGUCGAAGCUCUAGCCAGAUCAGUGCUGUCCAAUCAGAUCCCACUAUGGACUUGAAUGAUGGUACACAGGCUUCCUCACCAAUUAGUGAUAGCUCUCAGACUACUACUGAAGGUCCAGACUCUGCGGUAACCCCUUCGGACAGUUCUGAAAUUGUUUUGGAGGGUGCUGAAGGACAGUAUUCUGGAAUGCAGAUUGGACAGCUGCAGGAUGAGGAAGAUGAAGCUGCAAAUAUUCUACAGGAUGAUUCAUCAGAGUCUUUCAGGACUUCUUCUAUUGCUCUUCAGCAGCCUCACCUGUUGAAAACCAUCAGCCAUAGUAGGCAGCCUUCUGAUAGCAGCGUUGACAGAUUUCCAUCAAAAGAAGAUGCAGUGGAACCUAUUGAUCAUGAAAAUAAGCCCUCCAGGGUAAAAGGAGACAUAGGUCACUACACAGAUGGAAAUUCUGCGCCUUUAGUACAUUGUGUUAGACUUCUGUCAGCCUCUUUUCUACUUACUGGGGAGAAAGGAGGUAAGUUUCUCUUCAGACUCAUAAUAGCGCGGAGCGGCCUGCGCGGGCGGCGGCGCCUCGGCGGGCGUGAGGGGCAUUGGGCGAGCCGGGCAGGGCGAGGAGGGAGAGGCGGAGAGUCGGGCGCGUCGGCAAGGAGGCGGGAGCUCGCCCGUGAGAGGCGGGCCGGUGCCGCCGGCGCGGGCGGAGCGGCGAUGGCCACCAUGGAGAAGCUGAUGAAGGCCUUCGAGUCGCUGCGCUCCUUCCAGCAGCAGCAGGUGCCGGCCACCAUCGCCGAGGAGUCGCUGCAGAGACCAAAGAAGGAACUUUCAACUACCAAGAAAGAUCGAGUGAAUCAUUGCCUGACAAUAUGUGAAAACAUUGUUGCUCAGUCUUUAAGAAAUUCUCCAGAAUUUCAGAAACUGCUGGGGAUUGCUAUGGAACUUUUUCUCCUCUGCAGUGAGGAUGCAGAAUCUGAUGUCCGGAUGGUUGCUGAUGAAUGCCUUAAUAAAGUUAUUAAAGCUUUGAUGGAUUCCAAUCUACCUAGGUUACAAUUAGAACUGUAUAAGGAGAUUAAAAAGAACGGUGCUUCCCGAAGCCUGCGUGCUGCGCUCUGGAGAUUUGCUGAGCUUGCUCAUCUAGUUCGCCCUCAGAAAUGCAGACCAUACUUAGUGAACCUUUUGCCCUGUUUAACACGAAUAAGUAAGAGACCUGAAGAAUCCGUACAAGAAACGCUAGCUGCAGCAAUACCAAAAAUCAUGGCAGCAUUUGGCAAUUUUGCAAACGACAAUGAGAUUAAGGUUUUAUUAAAGGCUUUCAUAGCUAAUCUUAAGUCCAGUUCCCCUACUAUCCGUCGAACAGCUGCGGGAUCAGCAGUAAGCAUCUGUCAACAUUCGCGAAGAAUGCAGUAUUUUUAUGCCUGGUUAUUGAAUGUUCUUUUAGGCUUGUUAGUUCCUGUAGAAGAUGAUCAUCCUACACUUUUAAUUCUGGGUGUUUUACUUACGCUGAGGUAUCUCAUACCCUUAUUGCAACAACAAGUAAAGGAUACCAGCCUGAAAGGCAGUUUUGGUGUAACAAGGAAAGAAGCAGAGAUUUCACCUUCACCAGAACAGCUUAUACAGGUUUAUGAGUUGACUCUGCAUUACACUCAGCAUCAGGACCAUAACGUUGUGACUGGAGCUUUAGAAUUACUACAACAGCUCUUUAGAACACCACCACCUGAACUUCUCCAUGCUUUGACGGCUUUAGGUGGCAUUGCACAGGUCAGUGUAUCCAAAGAUGAAUCUGCCAUCAGGAACCGCAGUGGGAGCAUAGUGGAGCUCAUAGGUAAGCUGUAUUUUCAGUAAUUUGAGUUAAAUUGAGGUGACAAGGCUCUUUCCUUGAUGUAAUCUGAAAGUGUGAAGUAUAAAAUAAAAGUUGUAAAAGAAUACAUAGCAUUUUUCCAGGUACAGGAUAAGAUCCCCUGCCAUCCUCCCCCUUUAAGUGGGUAUGCAUCUGUUGAGUAAUGAGAAACUCCAAAGUAAAUUUUUUUUUUUGUGGUGUUUUCUUAUUCACACGGAGCAAGUUGACAGUGGUGACUGAUUUCUUUUCACAUUUAUGUUCUUUUCACUAAGCACCUGACAAUUGUGAUUCAUAGAAAGCUGAUCUAACCAGAAUUUAUGUAUUAACAUGUAUUAACUAAGGGUUUUGUGCUGAAUAAGAAAACUAGCAUGAAACUAAAGCAUGACCUUAGUUUAUCCAUAACUUUUAAAAUCAGUUAUUAAUGAAGUGCAUGUUCUUAAAAUUAUCUUUUAAAUGCUACUUACCUCUUUGAAAAGAAUCUGACUGGAUUUCUGUAAGAACUUCUUUGGACUAUCGAAUCAUUCUAGUAUUGCUGCUCUUAGAAGGUAAUUCAUUAGCCAGGAGCAACCAUAGCAAUGAAUGUAA